AUGUCUCAAUCAGGCUUUCUGCGCGUCCUUCGGUGGUCUUCCUGGGGCCAAGAGUUCUUCGCUAUCUUUGUUGCCAGUCUUUUGUUCACGGUGAUUUCCAUCCUACUAGCCAAAUUUGAUGGUCAACCGGUGUUCGAGCGGAACGGCGUCACUUUAAACACGCUUGUUUCGAUAUGUUCUGUCACAUCGAAAGCCGCUAUUGCAUUUGUGCUUUCAGUAUGCUUGUCGCAAUGGAAAUGGAUCCUGUUCGCUCGUUAUGAGGGACCGCUCAUCAAUUUCGAUCGAUUGGACAGCGCUACACGUGGACCGCUGGGGAGUCUCAGAGUUGCAACCAGAACACGAGCGAUACCUAUUGUCAAAGUUGGCGCAAUUCUCACAAUCUUAGCCUUCGGCCUCGAUCCAUUUUCUCAACAGCUCAUCCAUGUCAACCAAGGAAUCAUAUUUGAAGACGGCAAAGCCGGCAUAUCCGCCUUGAUUUCGCGAUCCACAUCAUACCAACUUGGUGAAGUUUUUGAUUCAAAUACAACCACAGAUAUAACUGAUUCAGCCACAUCAAAUUUGAGCACCAGCCUGCAGCCAUCCAUGGAGGGGGCGAUCUCGAAUGCUUUCUGGAAAUCUUUGAAUGAAGUUCAUCAAGAAGUGCUGUUCCAUUGCUCAACCUGGAACUGCAAAUUCGAUGCAUUUGAUACGCUCGCCAUGUGCUCAAGAUGCAACAACAUCACCACCAAUAUUACGAAGGCCCAAGGCAAUUUUGAUGGCACCUUGAAUGACAUGCAAGGAUAUCGGACUGGUGCUCAGGACAACAGUAGUCUCUACACUUCCGCCUAUAGCCUUCCUAAUGGCCAUUUUAUCGCCAACACUGACGGCUGCCACCCAUACAGAAAGUCUGACCGUGACUGCAACGGUGGCGGGUACCAAACAACUUCCUUUGCAACGGGCAACCCAAACAAGACGGUCUCCAUGAAGAAUGUCGACACACUUCUAUGGGCAAUGAGCCUCAUACAUCCAAAUCUCAACCUGCCCCAAGGGCGAGGAGUCCCCAAAGGGCAUAACGCUAUCCAGAAAGCUCUUGGUGAAAUGACUUGGCCUGAGGCUUCCGAGUCAUUGCAGGCAACAGAGUGUGCAAUCUACUUUUGCGCCAAGAGAAUGUCCUCCGUUGUAGAAAACGGAAGGUUAAGGGAAGAGGCUAUCGAGGUCGAGGGUACGGAAAGAGGUUUUAAUUCAUGGGAGUUUAGUCUACGACACACCCCUAUGCCACCGCCCUGGGCUGCACCACCAGACGAAGAGCGAAGUCUUCAGUUUCAUCCCAACUGGUCAGCCGGGCACCAUAACCCUCUUUACAUUCUCGGCCCCCCUCCCGAACUGUUCUCGGUUGCCGCGAACGCGAUUAAGUCACUCAGCGCUCAUUUCCAGCAACGUCUUAUGUGGGCACCAUGGCGAGACGAUCCCAGAAUACGUAAGGAAUUGAGAAGAAUCGAGGGUAUGGAAAAUGCGGUUGGUUUUAACGGCGCGAUAGUAACAUCUCACCAACCAUAUCCACACGAUUUGGGUCGUCUGUUGCCUAAUCCGAAGGAUGGUUUUCAAUCAGUUUCUGCUGUUUUUGAAGUGCUCGCAGAAAGCAUGACGAACGAGAUGCGGCGAGUAUCUUCUGAAGAAGACAUGGCUUCUCGCGGACUUCGCACAAUGCGCCAGAAGGGGGUGGCCGGCACUGUUGUUGUGCAAUACCAGGUCAACUGGCAGUGGAUUGCAGUGCACGUCAUUCUGUCAUUGCUGACUUUCUUGUUCCUGUUGUUCACGAUGAUGAGGUCUGGCGAACAUUCGGAAAUACCGUUGUGGAAGAACAGUUCGCUAGGGACUCUUCGGCGUGGAUACGACAUGGGCGGGUUGUUGCCCAGUGGCAUGGCGUCUGUUAAGGAACUUGAGAAUGCUGCAAGGGAAAUGUGCAUAUGCGGGGGGCAUGAAGUUGACGGAGGGGUCACCUACGAUGAUUCCGCUGAGAGUGGCGGGCUUGAGGGAGCCAGAAUGCCUCACAAUCAUCUGAAGACGGGAACCCUGCCCGCCCGGGUGUUUGACGCUACGUAG